AUGGCUUCAUUGGCUGCAAAAAAGCCCUACUUUGGGCUAGUCGGAGGAUGGCUCACCUUUUGGAUCACAGUUGCUUGCGCCACGGACAUGACCUUGUUUGGGUAUGACCAGGGGCUUUUCAGUGGCAUCGUGGUGACGCAGAACUUCCUCGAGGUGCAUGAUCUUGUGGGACCAGACAGGACCACGACCCUGUCGACCGUCACGGCCAUCUACGACGUGGGGUGUUUCCUCGGGGCCAUUGGAGCCUUUGCCAUCGCCGAGCGACUGGGCCGGAAGAAGUCCAUCUUGAUCGGAACGGCCAUCAUGGCUGUUGGCACCAUCCUGCAGGCCAGCUCCUACAGUCUCGCGCAGAUGUUUGUUGGGCGAGUCAUUCUGGGUAUUGGAAACGGAAUCAACACCUCCACGGCACCGAUCUGGCAGACCGAAACCGCGCAGGUGUCAUGGCGAGGACGCCUGGUGAUUCUGGAGAUGGCCUUGAAUGUCGGAGGCUUCAUGAUCGUCAAUUGGAUCAACUACGGGCUGUCGUUCCACGGUGGCGCGCUGGCCUGGCGACUGCCGAUUGCCCUGCAGUUCUUCUUCAUCGUCGUUCUCUUUGCCACUGUCCCCUGGCUGCCCGAGUCCCCACGGUGGCUGCUAUGCCACGGCCGCACCAAGGAGGCCUUGGAGGUUCUCUGCUGCAUUGAGAACAAGCCCUUGGAUGAUCCAUACAUCGCGACCCAGCAUAACGAGAUCGUGUACAGUAUCCAGUACGAGCAAGACAACGCCGUGCCCUGGCGGGAUCUGUUGACCGGCCGAUCCACCAGCGACAUCAAAACCCUGCGACGGAUGAUUCUCGGGGCGGGCACGCAGGCUCUGCAACAGUUCCAAGGGAUCAAUAUCAUGUCGUACUAUCUUCCGCUGGUGCUUAUCAACUCGGUCGGGCUGUCCAACAACAUGUCCCGAUUGCUGAGUGCCUGCAAUGCGACGGUGUAUUUUGUGUUUGCCAGCAUGGCCGUGACGCUGAUCGAGCGGUUUGGUCGACGAGGGCUGAUGCUGCUGUCCACCUUCGGCCAGUUUGUGUGCUUCUUGAUCAUCACCAUCCUCCUGCGGUUUGCCGAGAUGGAUCGCCAAUAUGCGACCGCCUCGGUCGCCUUCUUCUUCCUGUACUAUAUCGCGUUUGGCAUUGGGAUGCUGGGGGUGCCCUGGCUAUAUCCGACCGAGAUCAAUUCGCUGCCCAUGCGAACCAAGGGUGCGGCCGUGGCGACCGCGACGAACUGGAUCACCAACUUUGCAAUUGUCGAAAUCACGCCGAUCGGCAUCCAGAACAUUGGCUGGCGGUUCUGGAUCGUGUGGACGGUCACCAAUGCGGCCUUCUUACCCAUCCUCUAUUUCUUCUACCCCGAAACCGCGAACCGGACCCUGGAGGACCUGGACGAGUACUAUCGCUCGAACCCGGCCCUGGUGGUCACCCGGGACCCCGAUGCCAUUUGCACCCAGCGACCAUUGCGGUAUGUCCAGCGCGAGGAGGAGGAAUUGCAGCGGCAGAGGAAGGUUCCCCUUGGGGAGGACUCAUCGAAGGAGGCGUCAGUGAGCCAUGUCGACUAG